CCGACAAACAAUAUUGUUGUUUUUUAAAUCUUCCCACUGAUGCUCGAUACCUUGCUUAGCAGGCCGAGCUUCACAAGUCAACAAACAUCAUCUCAGAGUCAUCCCUAUUGACGGCUCGACGCGUUCCGCCAGCCAGCCAGCAACCCGUGCCAGCGACAUCAUAUCAUACCCAACAUCUUCACCACUAAGCGGUCUCUUUCUCAAUUCCCCGUGCCCAGACACACAGACUACAGUCCUCCUCCUCCGCCCGUCCUCCCAACGCGCCGCCGCUGGUCAUCGUCCCCCCUCGUACCCGCCCAUGGCCAGCGACGCGUACCCCAGAGUCGAGAUGGAUGUGGUCGAGCCCGUCACGCCCGCCGGUAGCACCAGCGGCGCCCCACGCAAGCCCAAGGAGGAGCUCGUCAUCUCAAAGCUCGCGGAUCAGGAUUUCGACAUAAAAAAGCUGCCCAACCCCAUGGUCCCGCGCCACGGCGUCGACCCUCAGUUCUACCCACGGGGCGUGACGCUGGAGAUGGAGAGGCAGUGGAUGGCGCAGAUGGCGGCCGUCCAGGCCCGUCAGCAGCAGUAGGAUGGCUCUCGCGGCGUUGGAGACGACGGGGUGCAAGGGCUGUUGCUGUCUUUUGAGCGGCUUUCGCUACAGCCAUGAGCAGGAGAAGGAGAAUGUACGUACGGGGCUGCAUAGCAUUUGGACAGGGAUCAUCUCGAUAAAAUUCCACCAUGUACCUAUGCUAGCGGUACCAUGUAUGAACGUACAUACUGUAGUCGGCAGUGACAGGAACGAUGAUCGCCAUGUUACACGACUGCAACAUGGUUCCCCCCACGCGCGCGCGUCGGUCACUUCCGUUGCCUCUCCG